AUGCUCCAAGUACCCAUUCGGGAUCAAUCUAACAUGGGCUCUACCAAGGCUGUAAUUCUGGUCGGAGGUCCCUCGCGGGGCACUCGUUUCCGCCCAUUGUCGCUCGAUGUACCCAAGCCCCUUUUCGAAGUCGCUGGCCACCCGAUCAUCCACCACUGCUUCACUGCCCUCGCCAAGGUCCCCGACGUUCGUGAGGUCAUUCUGGUUGGAUACUACGAUGAGACUGUCUUCCGUGACUUUAUCAAGGACGCCGGCAAGGAAUUCCCCCAGUUCCGCAUCCAGUACCUGCGCGAAUACACUGCGUUGGGCACCGCCGGCGGUCUGUACCACUUCCGUGAUGCAAUUCUCAAGGGCAAGCCCGAGCGAUUGCUCGUCUUGAACGCCGACGUCUGCUGCUCCUUCCCUCUGGGUGAAAUGCUGCGUCUGUUCGAGGAAAAGGACGCCGAGGCCGUGAUUCUGGGUACGCGGGUGAGCAACGAUGCCGCCACCAACUUCGGUUGCAUUGUCUCCGACUCCCAUACCAAGCGUGUUCUGCACUACGUCGAGAAGCCCGAGUCUCACAUCUCCAACCUCAUUAACUGCGGUGUCUACCUGUUCGCCACCGAGUGUAUCUUCCCCGCCAUCCGCAGCGCCAUCAAGCGUCGCACCACCCGUCCCCGCAUGCUCUCCUACCCUUCCUCCGACAACCUGGAGUCAUCCUUUGUCGCCACCGGUGACGACGAGGAUAGCGAGAAGAGCGAGAUGCUUCGUCUGGAGCAGGACAUUCUCUCUGAUCUCGCGGACAGCAACCGCUUCUUCGUUCACGAGACCAAGGACUUCUGGCGUCAGAUCAAGACCGCUGGUUCGGCUGUGCCUGCCAACGCUCUGUACCUCCAGAAGGCUUUCCAGGCCCAGUCGGAGGAGCUUACCCCUCCCUCUGCUAUGAUUGUGCCUCCGGUCUUCAUUCACCCCACUGCGACCGUUGACCCGACCGCCAAGUUGGGCCCGAACGUCUCCAUUGGUCCCCGUGUGGUUGUUGGCGCUGGCGCCCGUAUCAAGGACUCCAUCGUCCUUGAGGACACAGAGAUUCGCCACGAUGCCUGUGUGAUGCACUCUAUUAUUGGAUGGAGCAGCCGUAUUGGCGCCUGGGCUCGUGUGGAAGGUACCCCUAUCGCGCUUGGCAGCCACUCUACCAGCAUCGUUAAGCAGGGUGUCAAGGUUCAGAGCAUCACUAUCCUGGGUAAAGAGUGCGGUGUUGGCGAUGAAGUCCGUGUGCAAAACUGUGUUUGCCUCCCUUACAAGGAGCUUAAGCGGGACGUUGCCAACGAAGUUAUCAUGUAA